CGCCGGUCCGCACGCCCGCACCACGCCGGGGCGCUCUCUCCACUGCGCGCGGUACAAGGAAAUGCUAGAACUAGUGAUCUCACCCAGCCUCACUGUAAACGGCACCUGUGCGGGGAAAGGGACGCUCACGGCUGACGCCGCUGAUGUCCGGGCUCUGAGUGACGCAGAAGGCAUCACCGCGCCGGCCCUUCCACGUGUGUCCCAGCUCUUGGCGAGACCUUGCCCACGUGUCCUGCCCAGCCAGCCUCCUACGGCCAUGGCAGCCUACGGUCAGACACAGUACAGUGCGGGGAUCCAGCAGGCCACCCCCUACACCGCCUAUCCACCUCCGGCACAAGCCUAUGGGAUACCUUCUUACAGCAUUAAGACAGAAGACAGCUUGAACCAUUCCCCGGGCCAGAGUGGAUUCAUCAGCUACGGCUCCAGCUUCAGCACCCCACCCGCCGGACAGAGCCCGUACACCUACCAGAUGCACGGCACGGCGGGGAUCUAUCAAGGAGCCAACGGACUGACCAGCGCGGCCGGAUUCGGAAGUGUGCACCAGGACUAUCCUUCCUACCCCGGCUUCCCUCAGAGCCAGUACUCCCAGUAUUACAGCUCGUCCUACAACCCUCCUUACGUCCCAGCCAGCAGCAUCUGCCCUUCCCCCAUCUCCACGUCCACCUACGUCCUCCAGGAGGCAUCGCACAACGUCCCCAACCAGAGUUCUGAGUCGCUUGCGGGUGAAUACAACACACACAAUGGACCUUCCACACCGGCCAAAGAGGGAGAUGCAGACAGGCCGCACCGGGCCCCCGAGGGGAAGCUCCGAGGCCGGUCGAAGCGGAGCAGUGACCCCUCCCCGGCAGGGGACAACGAGAUCGAGCGUGUGUUCGUGUGGGACUUGGAUGAGACAAUAAUUAUUUUUCACUCCUUACUCACGGGGACUUUUGCAUCCAGAUACGGGAAGGACACCACGACGUCCGUGCGCAUCGGCCUGAUGAUGGAAGAAAUGAUCUUCAACCUUGCAGACACGCAUCUGUUCUUCAAUGACCUGGAGGAUUGUGACCAGAUCCACGUUGAUGAUGUCUCGUCCGAUGACAAUGGCCAAGAUUUAAGCACGUACAACUUCUCCGCCGACGGCUUCCACAGCUCGGCCCCGGGAGCCAACCUGUGCCUGGGCUCGGGCGUCCACGGCGGCGUGGACUGGAUGAGGAAGCUGGCCUUCCGCUACCGGCGGGUCAAGGAGAUGUACAACGCCUACAAGAACAACGUGGGCGGCUUGAUAGGAGCCCCCAAAAGGGAGACCUGGCUGCAGCUGAGAGCCGAGCUGGAAGCCCUCACCGACCUCUGGCUGACCCACUCCCUGAAGGCACUGACCCUCAUCAACUCCCGGCCCAACUGCGUCAAUGUGCUGGUCACCACCACCCAACUGAUUCCUGCCCUGGCCAAAGUCCUGCUGUAUGGGCUGGGCUCCGUGUUUCCUAUUGAGAACAUCUACAGUGCGACCAAGACAGGGAAGGAGAGCUGCUUCGAGAGGAUCAUGCAGAGGUUCGGCAGGAAAGCUGUCUACAUCGUGAUUGGCGACGGCGUGGAAGAGGAGCAAGGCGCCAAAAAGCACAACAUGCCGUUCUGGCGGGUGUCCUGCCACGCCGACCUGGAGGCGCUGAGGCACGCCCUGGAGCUGGAGUAUUUAUAGCAGCGCCCACGCAUCACCGCCGCCUCACAGGUGCACCCCGCCCGGGCCCCUGCCUUCCCCCUCCCGCCAGAUGCUGGACACUGGGCAGGGUCCCUACAGCCAAGAGGACGAGUCCGGCGACCAUCUCAGAAGCUGUCCUUUCCGUCCGCACGCGGGUCCUGAGUGCCCAGCAGUGGCUUGGGAACAUGGACCUUUGGGGCAAAGGGCUGACAGUCCAGACUUUUCGACGAGUCUCACGGAACUAAAGCAAGGGAUUGCUGAUCCGGGGGAGGGCUGGUGAUGAGGAGGGGACAGGCUCGGUUUUUCUUCUUCCUUUUAAUUUAUGGACUAAUCGCAUUACUCCGGUAUUAUGCUCUCAUACCUGUGUUGUGGGUUUCCUUAGUCAUUGGUCUGGUCUGGUUUUUUCAGCUGGCAUGUGGGUGGGUACACGGUUCUGAUUCAGGCACUCCGCUCCAAGUUGUGCUUUGGGGGAACAAUCAUCUUGGAACCAUGGUGAGGGAGGCGACUGGGGCUGCGGGGAAGACUGUUGCUUAUUUUUGUGGUUAAGGACCUAACCUAAUGUCAUGUGGACGGUGCACGUGCCUUAUGCUGCCAUCUUGUUCUGGGAAGAGGGGACGCUGGGAAGGAGGUAGUACUUUGUGACGGAGAAAAGGCAUUAAAUAAAACCACGUUUACAUUUUGAA